UAAACCGCUUGAACCGCUCUCGGCUUCUGCAAGCACCGCCUUCCCCCAGUUUGCGGCCAGCGAAGUUCGUCCACUACCCUCAAACUACAGACUUUCCACUUCGAUUUACUUUGGUCUUUUACCCCACUUCUAUAAUUUGCUCUGAAUCAACUCCUUUCCCUUGUCCCCCAAGUUCCUGAGCUUCUCUCUUUUCAUACCAUUCUGGGUCCCGCCAUCCCCAGGAGCUGUCCAAGCAGGUCUGCUCUUCGUUCCAAUCCCGCUCCGGGCCAGGAGCCUUUACAGCAUGCACGCAGCUAAUCUUGCCCAGAGUCCAGAGGAAGGGGGUGUGUGCAUUACUGAAGCCCUUAUCAUCAAACGGAACUUGACCUUCCCUGAGGAUGAGGAUCUGUCCGAAAGGAUGUUUCACACUAUUGCUGAACUACAGACUGUCCGCCUGGACCGGGAGGGGAUCACCACUAUCUCAAAUCUAGAGGGCCUCCGGAAUCUUCACAGCCUCUAUCUACAAGCGAAUAAGAUCCAGCGAAUUGAGAACCUGGCCUGUGUCCCCUCCUUGCGCUUCCUGUCUCUGGCAGGAAACCAGAUCAGGCAGGUGGAAAACCUCCGUGACCUCCCACACCUGCAGUUUCUGGACCUUUCCGAGAAUCUGAUAGAAAAACUGAAGCUGGAUGAAUUCCCCCAGAGCCUUCUCAUCCUUAACCUGACUGGAAACAGCUGCACCAAACAGGAAGGCUAUAGGGGGCGGGUGACAGGGGCCCUGCCGCUGCUCCUGGACCUGGACAGGCAGCCGGUGCUGGAGCGCUGGGACUCGGGUGAGGAGGACGGAGCCGAGGAGGAGGAGUUCCCGGAGCUGUACGGCCCAUUCCGCUCAGAGAAAGGCUUCCUCAAGGAGCUGGAGCAGGAUCUGAGCAGGCACAAGGAGCGCAGACAGCAGGAGGCCCUGGCGGAGCACCGUCUGAGGAUGGAGACACAGCCCGUCCUCACCGAGCUCCCCGCCCUGCCCGGGAGGUCCAUGGCUGGGGACAGCAGCCCUUCUGCCACUCCCAGGCAGGGCGAGGAGACACCCCAUGAGUCCACUUCCUUGCCACAAGCUUCCUCUGCCACCAAGAAACCAUGCCCUCUGGUUUCCAGGGGCCGCCAAAGCACCGUCCAGGCAAGGAGGGGGGUCAGGGAGGCUGCAGCUCCCAAGGCCGCAGUGGCUGCGGCCCCCAGCACCACGAAAACUACGGCCAGAGCGAUCAAGAAGUGAAGUGCAGGCCGCCCCUGUCAGGGAAGCCGCAGGAACGAGGGCAGGGCAAGAAUAAGAGCGGAGGGGGCCUCCCCCCUCCUCAGAGCCCUCCCAAUAAAGUGUCUCCAGGC